AAGCUACUUGAAAGCAGGUUAAAAAAGGUUAAAUAUCAGUCGUGUUGUGUCAUUGUCUAAUUUCAAUAAACGGUUGUGACUAUUUCAAUCAAAUAUAAUUGUUAAGUGAAAAUUCUUCAACAUAACAGAUGUUUAUUGUAAGAAAUGUCACAAAUUGAUAUUCAGAAUUUAUUUGAUAAAAGCAGGUUUCCCAGUGGUUGGUGCCUUCUACCUAUAUUUUUAUAUACCCCAGUGGGUCUCUUACUUGUAUUGCUACGACUUUUAACUGCUCUGCAACUGUGGCUCCUUGCAUCGCUCUUACCUGAUUGCAAUACUCUUCGAAUAUUCUUGAAUCAUGGAUUUAGUUUUGCUUUUGGUAUUAUGGUAAAAAUUCCUAAAGACGAAGUUAUAGACAAACAAACAAGAAUUAUAAUUGCCAAUAAUGUCUCAGUCCUGGAUCAUUUUGCAUUAUAUAAAGCUACACAAGCACUAUCCCCUAGCGUAUGGGAACUACCUAAUGUUCUUAGCAAUGCAUUAGGUCUACAAAUGAUGGAUAUGAGUAGCAAGGAAGCUCUAAUAACAAAUAUUAAACAGUUUCUUUCUACUUCAAAAUGUAAUAUUGCGCUACAACCUGAAUUUGGGACAACUAAUAGCCGUGUAGCCUUGUUAAAAUUCAACUCCUGGCCAUUUAUAAUUGAAUCAUCUGUUCAGCCAGUUAUAAUUAAAACAUGGAGACCAGAAUUCAUACCUAUUCGUGUUACCUCGUUAGCAUCCACAUGGUGGGCUGAUGUCUUCUGGUUUAUGUUUGUUCCUUACACAGUUUUCACAUUUAAGUACCUGAAAAUAAAAAAAAAUGUAGAUUGUGAAGUACUGGUACGUGAAGUAGAAAAAGAUAUAGCGACUAGUCUUGGACUUAAAACAAGUUGUCAUACUGUAUCAGAUAAAGCAGAAUUUGAAAAACGUUGCAUCAUGGAAAAAACGCAGAACAGAAGACUUAAUAGAAGAAGUUCUCUAAAUUCACAAGUCAUACAUAAUAUUGAAAUACAAAGAAUGGUACGACAAGUCAAUGAAGUGCUUCCAUUGGUCCCUCAAAAUGUGAUUCUUAGAGAUCUGUUGAAAACACGCAAUGUUGACAUUACAAUUGCCAAUAUUCUGGAUGGCAUAGUUACUUAUACCCCAGAAUCAACACAAACGAUUGUUACACCAUCAGCAUCAUAUAAUCAAUUACAAACAAGCUCUGUCAAGGAUAAUAGUAAUCUAGGAUCUUCUUCCUUCCAGGAAAGAAAGGCUAAAAUGAUCAAAGAAGCUAGGGAAAGGUAUAUUCAAAAGCAUGGUCUUAAAAAUUGCUGACAUUCUUACUGCAGUUUUAUUGUGAUUAUUAUAUCUUCAUUUAAAACAAAUAUGUAAUGUUUUGCCGUAUGUGUAUUUACUAUUACAUAAUAUAAAUAUAAUUUUAUUUCUAAAAUACAA